AUGACUAUUGUGGGUGUUUACCGACCACCAAACCUAUGUACAGUCACUAACUUUGUGUCAGAAUUUUGUGAAUUUUUGGAAGAUGUAAUACCGCAAAACUCUAACCUGAUGUUAAUGGGCGAUUUCAACUUACAUGUAAACGACGGUACACACGCAACAUCAGAAUUCAAAAACUGUUUAUUUUUGCUUGGGCUUCAUCAGCAUGUCGACUUCAGUACACACAUUGGGGGCAACGUACUAGACCUUGUAAUAACUGAACAAGAAAAUGGGGUUAAAAUAAAAUCAUGUGAACAGGGUCCAUUUUUAUCAGAUCAUUGUGUUGUCAAAAUUGUGACUGAAAUAAAAAAGGAAAAUAUCAAAAGUGAAACAGUCUCGUUUAGGAACUAUAAAAAUAUUGAUAAAGACGCUUUCUCAGAAGAUCUGAAAAGUCUAGAAAUUGAACAAAUAGACAUAAACGAAUAUGUAUGUGAUUUUGAGAAUAAAAUUCAAGUUAUUUUGGACAAACAUGCCCCAGUCACAGAGAAAACUCGUAUUACUCGUGCUCCAAAGCCAUGGUUCAGUGAUUCAAUUCUUGAAAAGAAAAAAUCAUUUCGGAAAGCAGAAAAAACAUGGAAACGAUACAAAAAACCCGAGGACUAUCAUUCAUUUCAAAAUGCCCGGAAUAAAUACUUUAUGGAAAUUAAAAAAGUGAAAAAGCAAACAUUCAGCGAAAAAGUUUCGGAGCUUAAAGGCGAUUCAAAGAAAUUAUAUAAAUUUGUGACAGAAAUUACCGGAAGUAAAGUACAAAAUCCUACGCCAAGCGGCGAGAGUGACAAUGCUAUUGCGGAUUCGUUUGCGGACCAUUUUAUGAACAAAAUUUCUAAAAUCAGAGAAUCUUUGAAAACUUACCCGAACUACGAACCUUCGGUCAAAAAUGUGGAAAAUCAACCAAAAUUCGACGAACUUUCCGAAGAUGAUGUGAAGAAAAUCAUAAACAAUAUGCAAUCGAAAUCGUGUGAACUCGACGUACUACCAACUGUCGUCUUGAAAAUGUUUUGA